UCUUAGCACGAUCGGAUCGUUCAACUAGGAGCUCUCGGAAUCAACCGCAACGGCAGCAGCAGUAGUAAUAAGAAGUAGUAACAGAACCAACCAGGACCCUUUCUCACGAGCAAGUUAGCGAAGUUCUUGAAUUCGUUGGCCAACGGUCAGCCUGCUGCCAUUCGUUUGUAGACUUUCGCGAGUCGCGGACGUGUCCGGGUUUUUCGGUCUUCAAACUCUAUCGGUUUCUACGGUUCUAAGUUACGUUCUUUCCUGCUACUGGUAUUUUUUGGAUUCCUGCAAGAAAAAAAAAACAAACGGAUACAGUAUUGCCUGCGGAUUCUACUGAAGUGUUGGUGAAGAUAGAUCGGAAAGCCUUCGUCAUUUUCAAGCUUGACGAGAAAAGGAUCUGUGAAGUGAAAGCAAACAUCUUGGAAAAUUUAAAGUUUUGGUGAACCGGAAGAAAAUUUGUUCUACCUUCGAAGUGAAAUAGCAUUACCUCAAACGAGUAUUUAUUCGCAUUUUUUUCGUGAAUUCCAAAACAACGAGUUCUAAACACGUGAAAGUUAGUAGAUUAGAAUAUUAAUUUAAGUCGAAAACAAAAUCCUGAAGAAGUAUUUCCAAUUGGGAUCAAUGAAGAAGAGUACGGUGCCAACCGAUAAUGUCAGUUAAAACGAAUUCUGCCAGCGAUUUAUUAGCAGAAACAGAAGUGAAGAAAGUUUUGUACCCGUGGACGAACCUGCAGUUCCCAAGUUUUAACUGAAAGCUAGAUUGCUUACGAAGGUGUAAUCCAAAACGAUUUGUCUAGAAUAUUUUGGACCACAUCCCAUCGUUGACUACUUUGGUUUGGCUUGAAUCUUGCGAUCCCACCCCGGUUAUCCUAGCAGCUGGAAUUUGUCACGGCUUCGAAAACCGGUCAAAUUAAAGCCGAUCCUUUUCGAGGGAAACGGCACGGACGACAACAACGGUGACGACGACGACGACGACGAAGACGCUGACGAAGACGAAGACGACGAGACUAUCAACGAUCCCAGGACUAAUCCGGGGCUGUCAACCACGUGAUGGGAUUGCACAAAAACUACUUCAAAGUGGGACAAAAUGCUAGCAAUCAGCUGUUCGGUCUGUCGCCACGUGGCCCAAAUGGCCCAACGCCGCUAUCGAUGCUUAUUUCGCAGGGAGCGAAAUUCAACAACAAUCGUGUAGCAGUAAUUAUUUUCGGGAUAGUAACCCUCAUUGCCGGUGUGAUAUUAUCUUCGGUUCCUUGGCUGAAUAUUUUUAUUAUGAGGAAUUUAAGACUAUGGAACGGCACGCUAAGCUUCCACUACUGGCAGCGACCGGGCGUCACUAGGUUAACUAAGGUGUACAUAUUUAACGUAACCAAUCCGGAGGGUUUUCUCGCCGGUGAAAAGCCAAAACUAGUUGAAGUAGGACCUUUCGUUUAUAGAGAAGAUAUGGAAAAAGUGAAUAUCAAAUUCCAUGACAACUACACUGUAACAUAUCAGCACAAGAAAAUAUUACAUUUUGUUCCUGAACUAAGCGUAGAUAAGGACCAACGAAUAACGACACCAAAUAUCCCUCUGCUGACAAUCUCAACCCAGAGCAAACAUCUCGGCUACUUCCUGGCGAAAACAAUCUCACUGGUGCUAACGGCCACCAAGUACAAACCGUUCAUUUCGUUGACCGCCGACGAGCUGGUGUUUGGAUACGAUGACACCCUCGUAAGCCUCGCCCAUCGGUUCUAUCCGCGGAAUCGGAGGCCAAUGUCGCAGAUGGGUCUGCUGAACGGGCGGAAUGGAACCCUGCCCGAGUACGCGACGAUGAACACCGGUUACACCGGGAUGGACCGAUUUGGCUACUUCGACAAACUGAACGGGCUGGAUCAUUUGCCGAACUGGGAGAAACCACCGUGUUCCAGCAUCGAGGCAUCGGAAGGGUCAUUCUUUCCACCCCGGGAGGUCACCAAUGCCGAUGUGGUCUACAUCUACGACAAGGAUCUGUGUCGCUCGCUGCCACUGGUCUACCGGUAUCCCGUCGAAAAGGAUGGUAUCGCGGCAGAUCUUUACACACUGGCGGAGAACGCGUAUGGACCGAACAACAAGAAUAACACCUGCUUCGAUCAUCCGGAUUACAAACGGUACCAAGGGUUGCAAAACAUCAGCCCCUGUCAGUAUGGUGCCCCUGUGUACAUUUCCAACCCACACUUCUACCAAUCCGACCCGCAGCUGCUGGAUGCCGUCGAAGGGCUGAAACCCGAGAAAGAACUACAUCAAACGUUUUUCAAAAUUCAACCUAAACUUGGCGUACCUCUGGAGGGACAAGUGAGAGUCCAGCUGAACCUACUAGUCGAAGAAGCACCAAAUGUUAUGGCAACCAAAAAUUUCCGAGACUUUGUCUUCCCAAUCAUGUGGCUUGAGGAGGGUGUCAGUGACCUAACGCCUCCGAUUCGCCGAUGGAUCUACCUGGGUACGGUUUUUGCCCCAACUGCGCUGCCAAUUCUGUCCUACGGUAUGAUCCUGACCGGAACAUUUGCCCUGAUCUACGUGUUUGUUCGGGCGUACAAAAACUUUGUGUUCACCUCGGAUCCCACGACCGAAUUUCUGGAGAUGGGACGACGAUCGCUUCGACGCGGUAGCAGCAUGAUCAUCAACGGCCAACACCGGAUAAUGGUGCAACGGGAUAGCUACAUCCUGCUGAAGACCAGUGCCGAUCCAAACCUCUAUCACCAUAGCAACGGCAACGGCAAUAGCAACCACAACAACAACAACAACAACAACAAUGUCAGUAGUCACAACCACAAUCUACUUCAAAGCCAUCACCACCAACGAAGUCAUCAUCAUCAUAAUCAUCAUCACAGUCACCACAACCAUCAGCAUCCUCAGGAACAGAGUCUGCUGAACGAGGAUAACUCACCGGCAUAGGUUAUUUUCUCAGUUUCGAGGGAAAACUGAUCUGAUCAUUCCGAACCUAAGGGCUAUUCAUAUUCGGCGAUUUUUUUUCGCUCAAUUUAGAAUAAUAAAAACGGUGACAGAGACUGUGUUUUAAACUAGUGUGCGAAAUCUCUUCUCUAGUGUGCGUAAUUCGCAUCAUACGAUUCCUUUUGUGUUUUCUCUAUUCUAUUCUAUUCUGUUCUAUUUUUCUUCAGUUGUUUUCGAAUAAGUCUAGUUAUAACUAUAGAAUAUUGUUUAUCGCCAGCCAGUUGGAAACUGUCACAUGGUCCCAUGUGCCGAUUCUAAAAUGACGAUUGCUCAAGUUUUCCUAGCAAAUAAGUUUUAACUUAAUAUGAAGAAAAAAAACAGCAAGCAACAGUCCGUUAGUUUAAUGUGUCAUCUAAUUCAAUAGCAACCAUUCAGAAUUGUACAUACUUGCCCUGAACUUGCCUUCGUUAAAAUAGUACCGUGAAUCAUAACAAAAAUGGAAAAAAAGAUAUAUGCACAACACAUUGGUUUUUACCCUGUAAAUAUAGUUUGUAAAUAUUGUUCACCAAA